CAUAAGUGUAGCAUAUAUAAAAUAUAUACAAAUAUAUAUAUAUAUAAAUAAAUAGAGUGUCGUGUCGUUUGAACUUGUGUAGCCGCGCCGUUCGCGACGCCCCGCAGCGCUCGCAAUAGCAGGGAAAAUGCUAGAAAAAUGCCCAAGAUGCUUACAUGCGACAAGUUGAUGACACAUUUUACUGUCAUUGUGACCGCAUUCCUGCUACUCCAUUGCAUUGGUUUUUCACCGUUUAUGCCGCAAACGUUGCGCGCCGUUGAGGCCACUCCCGAGGAUGAAGCCGUUGGCAAAUGGGCAAUGCAGUUUGGCGAUGAAUUGUGGGAAUUAGCGCAACGUAUGACCAAAUCUCAAGAGAUUAAAGCCAAAUACAAAGAAUACAAUGCACGCGUCGAAUUGAAAAAUGGCACCGAACUCAUUAAAUCCAUCACAGCGAAUGUGGGACGCAUGUUUGCGCGCAAAAUGGAUGCGGUACGUUGCAUACAACAAAAAGCCGAGGCAGUCAACGAAGAAUUCGUAUUUAAUUACACAUAUGCGGAGGAUAAUUACCAAUACUAUUCGAGUAAAUUUUCAAAAUUCGAUGACAAACGCGCCGAGGAGCUGCUGGAUGGUAUGAUGGAAUACGAGGAUAGAUAUCUAAAUUUUACGCUAAAUCCGGAUACACACUUUUAUAAUAUAUCUGUUGAUACAGAACACAGUUCCGUCCAUGUACCAUCUAAUAUAUUUGAUGGCGAUAAAGAAGUGUUGAAGACUAUUAUGUGGUCCGAAACGCUGGAUGAAGUUUUCAAACAAAACUACAAAUCAGAUCCCGCACUAUCGUGGCAAUAUUUCGGCUCCGACACGGGCAUACUGCGCCAUUAUCCCGGCCUACAAUGGCAGCGGCGCGGUAAUCCGGAAAAUGCCGACACCUAUGAUUGCCGCAAACGUUCGUGGUAUAUUGAGACUGCCACCUGCUCCAAGGAUAUUGUCAUACUAUUGGACAAUUCGGGUUCGAUGACCGGUUUCCGCAAUCAUGUUGCCAAAUUUACAAUACGCAGUAUUUUGGAUUCUUUCUCGAAUAAUGAUUUUUUUACGGUUUUCAAUUACUCCGCGGAGGUUCACGAUAUAAUACCAUGCUUUAAGGACGCCCUAGUGCAGGCCACACCUGAGAAUAUCAAUGUGUUUAAUGAUGCCAUUGAAGAGAUCAAGCCUGAGGGAUAUGCGAACCUAUCGUUGGCGUAUGAGAAAGCAUUUCAGCUAUUGAAGAAAUACUAUAUCGAACGCCGUUGCAAUGAGACGUCCACUUGCAAUCAAGCUAUAAUGGUUGUCACCGAUGGCGUUGCUGGCAAUACCACCGAAAUUUUCGAAAAAUAUAAUUGGGGCAAUGGUGAGAACGGCACCAUGAAUAUGAAUAUACGCAUAUUCACUUAUCUGCUGGGCAAGGAAGUGACCAAGGUCCGCGAGAUACAAUGGAUGGCCUGCUUGAAUCGUGGCUACUAUUCGCAUGUGCAGACAUUGGAUGAGGUGCACGAGGAGGUGUUGAAGUAUGUAGAUGUGAUAGCCACGCCGUUGGUGCUGCAAAAUGAGGAACAUCCGCCGACAUGGACGCAUUCGUUUACGGAUCGAACGUAUGAGCCGCGCGCUAACGAUACUGGCACACGGCUUAUGAUCGCUGUGGGCGUUCCAGCCUUUGAUCGUUCCUACCGUAAUGAGAACUCUUCGAAGCGGGCACGUCUGCUUGGUGUAGCUGGCACCGAUGUGCCGGUGGAAGAUAUCGAUAAACUAACGCUGCCUUAUAAGCUUGGUGUAAAUGGCUACUCGUAUGUGGUUUCCAAUAACGGUUACAUGCUGCUGCAUCCCGAUUUACGUCCGAUUUCGAAAACUGGUAUGCUCAAUCCCAAUUACAACAGUAUAGAUUUCACGGAAGUGGAGCACCUUUACGAGGAUUCGGAACCACGCCAACCGGGUGAGUCCAUACUGCAGCUGCGUAGUGCCAUGGUCCAAUAUCAAUCAGGUGAAGUCAAGGAUAUAAGCGUAAAGUUUCACUAUGACAAUAUGCGUCGAGUAUCCGAGGAGAAACAAGAUUAUUUCUUUGCGCCACUACCGAACACACCCUUUUCGUUAGGCAUUGUAUUGCCAAGUGAAUAUGGUAAGACCUGGAUUAAGGUGGGUGAAGAGGUGAUGAAGAACAAGCAUAUGAAAGUGAAUAUAUCGGACUAUUUUGUCGGUGACAACUGGAAAGUGCAUCCCGCUUGGGUUUAUUGUAAGUACCAUUACCUGGAAGGCCACGAAUUCAAAACACCUGAAGCUGAGUUGCGCCAUUUUCUUGCAAAGAUGUUACAAAACGACUGGAAAUGGUCCGAACAGUAUGAAGAAGAUGAUUCAGACCGUGAUGACACGGAUGAAAUAAAUUGCGGCCGCAUAACGCUCGACGAGGAUGCCUACUACUGCAACAAGGAGCUCGUGCAACUGCUCAUCUUCGAUGCCAAGGUAACAAACUCCAGUUACGGUGAGUGGAAAUUCGCAAAUGAUGAGGAACGUAGGCUGAUAGAAGGCUUUGGCGGUUCGUUGCGUUUUGCGGCCACCAUGAGCGGCUUGACACGUUGGCAAUUCAUUUACGGUGAGGUUGAAGUGGAAAAUGAUCGUGAAUUUGGCGACUAUCAUACGACAGCGAUCGACGAGACUUGGUACAAGAGUGCCAUAUUGCAGCAUCAUCAAGAGCGCACUGAAAGCUUCGUGUACAUGGUGAAGCAUGCCAGCGAUCCAAUGGAGGAUAACGAAUUGAUGGUUACCGCUUCGCAUGCGAUAUUUCCACGCGAUGGCGGUAGAGAGGCUCCUGCAUGUGUUGUCGGCUUUCAAUUUUCACAUGCACGUAUGAUGGACCGAUUCUUCAAUAUCACUUCGAUAGAUAAUUGCAAUGGUUGCAUAAAGACCUGUACGAGCGACGAGAUAGAUUGCUACGUCAUAGACAAUAAUGCAUACAUUGUGAUAGCGCAAAAUGUCAAUCAUACUGGAAAAUUCUUCGGCGACCACCAAGGUGACGUUAUGGCGGCAAUGGUGGAGAAGGGCUUCUUCCAAGCCAUCAAUGUUUACGAUUAUCAAGCGCUAUGUCGCGAGGAAGUCGACGAUUCCAGCGACGCGCAAGCUCUACUGCACCCAAUCAGAUUGUUGAGCAUAGGCUGGCGCUGGUUGAUCGCGCAGCUCUUCUGGCAAUAUGCGCGCAUCAAAUGGUGGGCGGACGGCGCACCAUUCUUGGAAUAUUCGGACGAGAUCGACGACGACUACGAAGCGGCGCCGGAUGCGUUUCCACGUCAACCGCAAAAAGACAAAGACAUGAGUGACGAUGGCAAAUUAUUAUUUGAGAUGAAGAAACCCGAUCCGGUCUAUAAUCCAUGCGAUACACGUUCAACACUCUAUGUCUUACAACCGAAUUCGCUCGAAGAUAUAAGCGACUAUAUAAAAGUGCCAUAUUCACGACCGUUUUAUUUAAAGAAAAUACCGAAUACCAAUCUUUUGUUGGUGGUGGUAAAUGUUUUGAUGCCAUCGAAAGGUAUGCGUUUGACCACGGAACCCGAACGUUUAGAAUAUGAUAUAGAGUUUCCAUGCUAUAAAUUAAAUAUGAGCUUCUACGAGCGACGGCGUCUGGAGGAAUGUUUCACCCAGCACCCAGAGGAGGAGAAAUAUACAUAUUGUGGCGAUGCGACAGCGCUGCGAUUGGACAUUGUAAAUUUAUUGAUGACCGUAUUUAUAUUUUUAUUAACGCGCUAUUUACGCACUUAAAUGUUUGUAAACAUUUACUUAUUUUUUACCCUAUCGAACGAAAGUAUGUAACUAAAUACAAAUUUUUUUAUGAAAAAACCAAAAACAACAACCACAAUGGCAACAGUAAAAAUUAAGAAGAAAAAUUUGCAUUGUCACCAAAAAUAAUUUAGCACAAUCCUCUUUACUGUAUUGACUAUAAAUGCUCCUAGCGUUCUCUCUUAUGUGAAAUACCAUGUAGACUUAAACGGAAACGCCAAAGAAAACAAAGACAUUACUAAAACGAAAAUAAUGGUUAGAAAAUUUAAAACAAAAAAUGACUAGCAAAAC